AUGAAAACGCCGUUCACCUGGGCCCAGCGGCAUCCCCGCCUGUUGCUCGCCGUCCUAUCCUUCGGCCUCUGCGCGUAUUGGUUCUUCCUCGCACACAAACCCCCGCGCCCGGUCGUCUACACCCGAAAUCCAGAGCUCAAGACCCGGCUGGGCCGCGAAGAGGACAAGUACCGGGCGAUGCUCCCCCAAAGACAGGCCCUCAUCACCAAGUACGGGCCCACUCCCGCCCACCUCGUCAUGUUUCCGCCAGACCAGGACCCGUGGCCGCCGUACACCGUCUGGGACCUCUUCCCCGCCAUCUUCAACUGCCCGCACGAGGUCGAUCGGAUGGGUGCGCUCGGUGACGGCGGAAAGUGGUUGUGCGGCCUGUCGCGCAUCCAGGACAAGCCCGACUGUGUGAUCUAUUCAAUAGGCAUGGACUCGUCCUACUCGCUCGAGGCCACCCUCCUCCGGUCGACGCGCUACUGCCAGGUCUGGAUCUACGACUCCACCAAGGGCGACGACGCGAGCCACUACAUCCCCCGCCUCCUCCGCCACCGCGCCCACUUUGCCAAGCUCACGCUCACCAGCAGCGACCACCACGGCCCGAACGACGACCCGAAGGGCUGGACGCUCAAGAGUCUCAUGGCCGAGAACGGCCACGCCCACAUCGACUUUCUUCGCUUGGACCUCGAAGGAUGGGAGUGGGAGGCGAUGCGCGGCGUCGUGAGCGACUUCACCGUCGAGCGCGCCACCCCGCCGCAGGUCCAGGCGGACGCCAACUCCACCGGCUGGACCGUCCGCGAGCGCGACGGCGUCCUCCCCUUCGGCCAGCUCCAGAUUGAGCUCCACAUAUGGAACCAGCGCUUCCAAGACUUUCUCGAGUGGUGGGAGCUUCUCGAGGUCGCCGGCCUCAGGCCGUUCCACCAGGAGAUCAACCUCAUCUACGCGAACUACAACAGGCGCAGCGGGGUCGAGCUUGCAGAGUACUCCUUCCUCAACACUCGCGGCGAGAACGCGUUCAUCCGCGACUACACCCCCGCCGCUCCCCCCACCCCCGAUGGCGCUCACCCCGAGCGGCCCCAGAUCGCCGACCCCCCUGCCGCCCCCGCGGAACCCCCCAUCGUCGAGGACGUGCGGAAAGAACGCCGGGAGAUCGGGUCGUGA